AGAGAAAGUAAAAUAUUUGUCAGGGAAGUAACUCCAUUACACUGCGUGCUGUUUGGUUUGGCGCUGGCGCAGGCAUGCGACUUUUCUCCCACUGACUCUUAAACACGCCAGAACUAUCCACAUCCCGGUCACAUCCAGAUACACGACGAUCCUUCGCCAAGUUCAGCCGAGGUCACGAGCAGGAUCAUGUCGCGCGGCUCCAACGCAGGCUUCGACCGACACAUCACCAUAUUCUCACCUGAUGGCCGCCUCUACCAAGUCGAGUAUGCCUUCAAAGCCAUCUCCCAGAGCGGGCUGACCUCUGUCGGGAUCAGGGGGACGGACAGCGUUGUGGUGGUUACGCAAAAGAAAAUCCCGGACAAGCUGCUGGACUCCUCCACCGUGACCAACAUGUUUAAACUGACUCCUCGCAUCGGAUGUGUGAUGACCGGGCAGCAUGGGGACAGCCGCUCGCAGGUUCACCGAGCCCGGGUGGAAGCUGGAGAAUGGAAGUAUAAGUUUGGUUACGACAUCAACGCAGAUGUGUUGUGUCGCAGGCUGGCCGACAUCUCCCAGGUGUACACGCAGAAUGCUGAGAUGAGACCUCUGGGCUGCUGUAUGAUCCUGGCAGCCAUCGACCCCCAGCAAGGCCCCGUCCUGUAUAAGUGUGACCCCGCGGGCUACUACUGCGGCUUCAGAGCCACGGCGGUCGGUGCCAAGCAGAUAGAGGCCAACAGCUACCUAGAAAAGAAACUGAAAAAGAAGCCAGAGUUGACCCACAGCAGGACAGUGCAGUUGGCUAUCUGCUGUCUGUCCUCUGUCCUGUCGUUGGACUUCAAGGCCGGCGAGCUGGAGGUUGGUGUGGUCACCAAAGACAAACCUAAGUUCAGGACACUGACAGAGGCUGAGAUCGAAGAGCACCUGGUUGCCAUAGCCGAGCGGGAGUAGAGGGGCCGUUGGCAGACGACCGUCAACAUAUCAUCAUGGCAUUUCAGUUAUUUUGAUACGUACAGCCUAUUUUAACUACACAGUUGCAACAGUUGGAAGACGGAAGCAGACAGUCUCUCCCAUGUGUGCCCAGGAACAUGAAUAAUUAAAAAACACUGUUAUAAAGGAUUUUUAUAUGUUGGAUAUAAUAAUGAUUUGAUACCCAUAGGGUAUUUUUUCCACAGAAGUCACUGAAAUUAAAUAUAAUGUUUAGGUACUGAUGUCCCAUAUUGUACCAUCUUGAACAAACACAUAAACAGUUAGGUC